CGUCACGGUGCUGGGCGGUUCAUGAAUGGGCUUUUUGAAGUGGGAUAGCCCGUCAUCUGACUUUUAGCAGGCAGGAAAAGUGGGCGUUGUUGUGCUGCUGUGUUUUUGUUUUUCCUUGUUGUUUUUAACUGUAAUACUUGCCCGCGACAGUUUUUAAGCACAUGAGCAGCGGGUCGCUGUGUUUACGGAGUAAACAUCCGUCAGCAGAGACGCGCAGGCCGGCUAGCUAGAGCCAGAACGGCGGCGGGAGCCUCAGGAGGGACAACCGCGACGCUCAAACAUGGGUUUCCGCAAGAAGAACAAGAGCCCACCGGUGCUGAGCCACGAGUUUGUGAUCCAGAAUCACGCCGACAUGGUGUCGUGCUUGGCUAUGAUUAUCCUCCUCGGCCUGAUGUUUGAGGUGACAGCAAAGUUUGCCAUCAUGUUUAUCACAGUCCAGUACAAUGUAACUCAAGUUCCUGAUGAGAAAAAUGAGGCAGUGAACCUUUACCUUUAUGGCCCAAAGGAUGUGGCGACUGUGUUUUUCUACCUGCUCAUUGCCGUCAUUCUUCAUGCCUUGAUACAAGAAUAUAUAUUGGAUAAAAUGAACAGGAGGUUGCACCUGUCAAAAACCAAGCACAGCAAGUUUAAUGAGUCCGGACAGCUUGCAGCAUUUUAUUUGUUCUCCUUCAUCUGGGGCUGCAGCAUCCUAACAGCGGAGGAAUUUGCGACCAAUCCUACUUUCCUAUGGGAGGGUUACCCGCACACCCACAUGGUUUUUCAGGUCAAAUUCUUCUACAUUUGCCAAAUUGCUUAUUGGCUUCAUGCACUUCCUGAGCUGUACUUUCAAAAAGUACGAAAGGAGGACAUUCCUCGCCAGCUGUAUUACAUUUGCCUUUAUGUGGCUCACAUCACUGGUGCCUACGUGUUAAACCUCCAUCGCCUGGGGUUGGUGUUGCUGGUCCCUCACUACCUGGUGGAGCUCCUGUUCCACGCGUCGCGCCUCUUUUACUUCAGUGAUGAGAAUAAACAGAAAGGUUUUACUUUGUGGGCACUGCUUUUUGUCAUUGCUCGCCUCCUUACUCUUACACUGUCGGUGCUGACAUUUGGAUUUGGGCUGCCCCGGACAGAAAAACAGGGAUUGUCACUCGCGGAAGGGAACUUCAAUGUGCUGACCAUAAGAAUGACUUGCCUGGCAGCUAUUUGCCUCACACAAGCAUGGAUGAUGUGGAAAUUUAUUAACUUCCAGUUGAAAAAGUGGAGGGAGCACAGCCAGAACCAGGCCUCAAAGAAGAAGACAGUCAGUCCGAAGAACAAACCUCACAAGAGAGAGCCAGUGAGAGGAGGUGCUGCCAAUGGGGUGGUGAAGUCUGAUGAUAAAGUGUCACCUCGGGCAAGAAAAGUCAAGUCUCCAUGAAGACAGUGGAAUUGCAAAUACUAACUUCACCUUUUCAAUGAUCCUGACGCUGCUAGGGAGCGUAUGUGUUCAACUGUUGGUCAUUCUCCUCCCGUUCACAGAUCAACCACAAACCACUGUGCAUGUUAAACUCUACAAUGAAAUGACUGUCUGCAGACAGUUGGUGUAUUUGUUUAGAGCAGGGAGGAGAUGAAGAGGACAUUCUUUAUGCUGUCUGUUAAUGUGUAGCAGUGUCAUAGGAGAGGAGGAGGUGCAGACGUCCUACGUACCAGCCUGUUAUUAAGCUCUCUCAAACAGAACUGAUUUCAACCCUACACUGUACUAAAAUGUCAGAUUUUUAAGAUAUUUUUAUAGAGAAACUGUUAAAUUCAGUUGUUUUGCAUUCACAUUUGAACCUUUCUUUUAACUGCUUAAAUGAAUAAAGCUCAAACUGUUAGCAUGCGUAAUGCGUAUACUAGUGAUCCAAUUCCGAUUCAGUGUUUUUUUUUUUUUGUUGUUUUAUGUAAAUCUGCCUUGACCAGUGUCUGUGGUUACAAGACAGACUUUAAAAAAUACAAAACCACAAUCUUUCUGCAGUCACGUCUGACUAGUUUGUUGGCAAGCUCCUCGGUGUGACUUUGGUGAAAUGAUACUAGGGCUCCCCCCGUGUCAAUGUGCAGGCAGCCGGGGGCCUUAAAACCAUGAGAAUGGUUUAUUGAAGCUUUGGGUAAUGUGCCAGAUGUAACGUUAACCUCAGAGACAACGGUAUGAUUUGAAUUUGUAGCCUGCAGUUUGUAGCUUCAUUAUUAAUUGUUGUAUCACAUGCAUAAAAACAAAUUAAAAAAUAACUAUGAUAUAUCAGCAGUCCUAUAAAAAUCAUCAUCGGCACCAGUGAUCAGUCAACUGCAAGGGUAACUGAAAAUGAAUCAGAAUUGAUAGUUACAACCUCCAAUACUUUUUUGGUAACACCCUCAUCCUUUUUGGCAGUAAACCAUGUUCCUGAUAUAUUAUUUUCAGGUAAAUCUUGUACUUGCAUCAAAAUGUUCAGUCAGUAAAUCGCAAUAAAAAGUUGAGAUUAUUCUCUCGUUCUUAAAAA